ACGUCACUUCUGUGGAGGAAAUUUGCCUUGCGGCUUUUCGUCACCUUAAUUUGGGCCUGGCCUUGCCACGACUCUAAGAAGUGGAUCAUUGAGGAAAAACGCCUGAUUAACAGAUCGGAUUAAUUUCCCGGGAGAAAAAAAGACUUUUGUUUUUGACAGGUUAUUGCAAUGGAGCGAGGGCCAGCGCUGGUCUCUGCCGGACCCACGUAAGCGGGACCAAGCCCGUUGCAAGGAGCAGGCGAACGGACAGCCAGCUAUUAUCCCUCUUCUCCCUCUCUGCCCCGCUGCCGAACGUCCGCCGAUCAGUCAUCUGCCCAACUCGAGCCAAAGAAGACUCAGGGAUUUCCCUCACUGAAAAAAAUCACCGUCUCAAUUGGGCGUGCCACGUGUGUGACGCUCCGCGCUCCCUCGCCCCCUCACAACGUCACUCGCCCCCUCCCCAGGAUUUACCCCACCCGACUACCUGCUGUAGCACGGGGGAGCUGUUAUGCGUCGCUAGUAGCUACCUGGAAAUCUACUACUCUUACUGGACUUAUAUCACACAUGUCAAUAUGCCGUUCUGGGGGUACCUCCUCUUCGUAACAGGUAUUUUAAGGACAGGGGUGUCUGGCUUCACCAACAACUUUGUGGAGAUCGACCUGAGGUACGGCAUCGUGAAAGGCUACAGCCCCUAUAUCACCUUUGUACAGACACCGACGCCGACCCGAGACCGCACAUGCGCAGCGCAAGCCGUCAUCCGGAUGGACUUCUCCGGGCCCUACAAGGGGGCAAAGUUCUUGCUGGACUACGGCGAGUCCCCCCGCCUCUGGACACUGGACGUGUCGGACUCCCCCACCGGAGACGGGUUCGGGGGGGACAACGGUACCAGCAGUAACAACGCCGAGGCGCAGAUACAUAACCGUCAGCUGCGCGUGUACGGCAACAGCCUUCCUGGUUACAUGGAGGCUUCCAUAAAUGGAGGAAACCUGUUAAAAGUUGUGGACAAUUUUGUGAAAAAAGGUGCCAAAGUAUCCGUGGAUAUUAGCGACGAGAGGAUUGAGUGGGUUCAGGGCCGAAAACGGGAUUAUAUGGAGUCCCGACACUUGUUUACCCUUAGCGGCCAGAAGACGGAGUUCGGACCCGUGGAGUCCAACGUUUACGUCGGCUUCAACAGAGUUGUGAGGGGCAAGUACCGCUCCGGAAGUGGAUUGUGCCGGGUCACCAUUUCGCUGUAUCAGCCAGGCCAGGACUGUGAGAGGGGCACCCACACCUGCCACAAGGACGCAGUGUGUCUCAACUCCAGAAGAUCGUACCAGUGCCGCUGUAAAACAGGUUUCUAUGGAAACGGAAAGAUAUGUGUUGACGACGACGAGUGUGAGUUUGAGAAUGGCGGCUGUGUACACUCGUGUCAGAACAGCCCUGGAAACUAUUCCUGCAGCUGCCUGUCUGGGUUCGAACUCGCCAAAGAUGGCCACGACUGCAAGGACACAAACGAGUGUUUUGAGAACAAGGGUGGAUGCCAGCAGCAGUGUCAGAACACGGUAGGGUCCUACCAGUGCAAGUGUCACGCCGGCUACUCGCUGGAGGAGAACGGAAGAAACUGCAAAUUAGGAACAUAUUGUCGACAGCACCUGGGCUGCGCUCACCACUGCAAAACUACACCCCAGGCAGGCACCAUCUGCGCAUGUCGAGACGGAUACCGGAUACACAAGAAUGGCAAAGAUUGUGUUCAGACGUGCCUGGUCGGAAAUGGCGGGUGCCAGCACAAGUGUCAAGAUACCCCCGAUGGCCCCGUGUGUGCCUGUGCUGCCAAAUACGUCUUAAGGGAAGACCAGAAGACCUGCAUCGCGUCUUGCGGCGUUAACAACGGGGGCUGUGAGCGUAAAUGUGUUGACACUGAUGACGGGCCUCACUGCACGUGUCCCCGGGGCUAUCAGCUGCAUCAGGACGGCAGAAACUGCCUCGAUGUGGACGAGUGUCUGUCUAACAAUGGCCAAUGCAGUCAUCAGUGCAUCAACACCAGGGGGAGCUACGAGUGCGUGUGUCCGGCUGGGUACAAGGUCAACAUUGACCAGAAGUCAUGUACAGACAUAGACGAGUGCGCCCUCAACAAUACCUGUGAUCACGUUUGUGUCAACACUCCCGGCAGUUUCAAGUGCAACUGUCGCCAUGGUUACCAGAUGUAUGGUUCCACUCACUGUGCAGACAUUGACGAGUGCACCAUCAACAACGGCGACUGCGCACAUUCAUGUUCGAACCGUCUUGGUGGGUAUGACUGUGUCUGUCGAUCCGGGUUCAAACUCCAUCCGAACAAGAAAGAUUGCAUUGAGUCGUCGAAAUGCAUUCCGUUAUCCAACCCCUCCAGGGCAACGUUGUCAUGUCGCAACGUGGCCGGCGGGGAGCAACAGUGCAGUCUCGCAUGCAACAGGAACGCCCGGUUUACGUCAGGUGUGGCCAACCAGAUCACGUACAUGUGCGGACCAAGCACCAGCUACAAGUGGAACUUUGAACGCAACAACUCCACACUCCCGUCAUGCUCAGAGCUGACGGCACCCCCGGGAUACAAGAGGAAGGCACGGUUCCUGUUUGUCACAGACAAGUGCCAGUUUAAGAGGUCCGCAACAGAGAUCCUCCGGGCCAGCUUGGCCAACAUUCUUAAUAAACAGAAGAAGUUCAAGUGCAGGAAGAAAUGCCAGGUGACCUCUAUAGACAUCAAGUGCGGGUCCAGGCGGAGGAAGUUCUCCAGGAAGGUCCAGGGCAACGGGAAGUCUCUGGUCACGGCCGAGUUUGAACUCCUGAUGAAUUCCAGGAAGCCAUCAGGUAGCUGUGACAUUGCCUGUGUGGGAAAGCGAACCAAGAGGAAGUUGAAGAAGGCGUUCAAGACGUUGAAGAGAGCCAUCAGGAAGGGGGACCUACCCAUAGGGUUUGCAGGAACACCAUUAGAUAUCAUCAAGAAGUCGUUCAGACCUGAGAAGGCGAUUCCUGCCUCCUGUAGCCCUGGCACGGUCAACGUCAAUCAAGUGUGUGUUGGCUGCAGUAUAGGGACAUACUUUGACGCUGAUGAGGGGGAAUGCCGACCUUGUCCCGGAGGGACCUAUCAGGACACGGAGGGACAGAUGUCAUGUAAAGACUGCCCUAACCGUAGAGUCAGUGGCGGGCGUGUCGGGGCGGCGUCAGCGACGGAAUGUGCAGACCUGUGUGAGCCAGGCUUCUACUCCAAGAGCGGCAGUAAGCCGUGUGUCCCGUGUGCCCAGGGCUACUACCAGCCGGACUAUGGCCGCACCACCUGCACCCCCUGCGGGCACGGCAUGAGGACCCGGGGCCCCGCGGCGGCCGAGUUCAAGGCGUGCAGUGCCAGGGCGACUUGCCAGGCGGGCCACUUCUACAACGCCACCGUCCACCAGUGCCAGAUCUGUCCCCGGGGAUCCUACCAGCCUCGCUCUGGUCACAACUACUGCAUCGCCUGCCCGGGGUCGACCACGACAGACACCCCAGGGAGCACCAGCAGCGACAACUGCAAAAACCGCCUGUGUGGGGGGUACCAGGGCCGGUACCAGGGGGUGAUCGAGACUCCCAACUACCCCGGGGACUACCCUAUUGACAUCCGGUGCACGUGGAAGAUCAAACCCGACAAGAGACGCCGCAUCCUCGUCAUCAUUCCCGAGAUCUACCUGCGCGAGGACGACAAAUGCGGCGACGUCCUCGUCAUGAGGAAAUCUAAGUCCCCGUACAGCUUGACGACGUUCGAGACAUGCAAGAGCAAGGAUCAACCGAUCGCCUUCACUGCUCGCUCCAAGAAGCUGUGGAUUCAGUUCAAGUCGGACGGCAAUAACACAGCAAGGGGUUUCUCCAUACCAUUUGUCACAUACAACGAGGAAUACCAGACCCUCAUAGAAGACAUCGUGCGGGACGGUCGCCUCUACAACUCCUACCAGCAUCAGCAAAUAUUCAAGGACCGGAAGCUGCUGAACGCGCUCUUAGAGGUGAUCGCUCAACCCUACAACUAUCUGAAAUACGCAAACGUGUCCCAUACGAUGUUCCCACAAUCCUUCUUCCGGCUUCUCACGCCCAAAGUUCGGCGCUUUUUCAACACAUGAUGAGACGGGGACAAUGCUGGGAGCAAGGAGAAUGUGCAUUACUCAUAGGAAAAUUUUCAUGCGAUGUGAUCAUGUGACAUCACGUGACCUUGACCUCAUGCUGCUCCAAGCAGACUGGAUUUCAUAGCCUUCCGGUGGCAAAGGUCAUCCAAGGGAGGCAACUCAUCCUCAUUUAUAUCAGUGUUGUGUCAUAAGACAUGUCCUAGGCCGUACAAUGUGGGACGUUUAAUUGUUGAGUUGAGGAAAUGACACCUGUAGUUGAUACAAUUGAACACGUGACUUACUAUACCAAAGGAGACGGUAUAUGUGAGUAUACUAAAUGGAGAAUUGUUCAGUGUUCAUGUGAAAUCCUUGGAAGCGUUGCCAUAGAAACUAUAUGCCAUAGAAAUUGGUUAUACGUGGUAACGCUCUGUCGCGGUUGACGUAAAGGCAUUUAUAUCCCGUGUAGGGAUGGGUGGAGUUUUAACGCUGUGUGUAUCUGCACCCCCGCAAACAACAGUAACGGGCUUUCUCCUUAACUGGAUGUUCCAGCGCUGGCACAACUAGUUGCACGGAGAAUGAAUCAGUGAACAUGAAAUAUGCAUAUAUUCAUCUCGUUCUAGCUUAAAAAGCACAGUAGCCAUAUCUCAUGAUUACAUAUCUACCCCUUGACCUGCAGUAGAGCGGUAGGGGUUAAGUCUGGGCGGGGAUAGCGGUUUUGCAAAUGAUUCGGACACAAUGGGUUAUGGGUUUGGGGACGCCUUAGGAUCAGAUCGCUUUUUUUCAAUCAAACAUACGUACACAACUUAACGAUUCAGUCACUCAGAAUAUUAUUUUCUGUGCAAAUACAACUUAAAGUUGAUGCCAGAUGUCAGAAAUUCAGGGUUUGUUGGACGUCCGAGAACGUGUCAUGUCUUAUGGUCGGAGUACGUUAUUUCUCUCUUUGUUGAUGCUCUGAUACAGUCAAAAAAGGUCUGUUUAGGAACACCCUAGACAGGGUUUCUGAGUCAAAAGCGUUGUGUUUUUUUCUAAAUUAAGAUGUGUUUUAUUUCCCACCCGACCACUGAAAUGUAGUUUACAAGCAACAAGAAUUAACAUUUACGUCAAUUUGAAACUGCGUAUUACGAUUCUGAGAUAAACGUAAGGGGAUAUAUUUCAAAGGGUCACGUGACGCUUUAAUUAUCAACCAUUUUGAACUACAGGAAACGAAAAAAAGGUAGAGUAAAUAUGAUUGACGUCACGCUUACGCAGGUUUUGACAAAACACUAUGUGUCGGAUUUGGGGAAAUCUGUACUUAGAAAGGCUAGCUCUGUUAAAUUGAUAUUUAAAUAGGACAUCAUUACAGCUGGGCGUACCGGAUGAUUUAUGUGUAUGUUUUAAUCUGGUGAUGAGCGCUUUCGUUUUAUUUUAAUUGGUCUGGUAUAAACCGUUAAACACCCUUUGACUAACAACCCACACCAACGCAUAAUCACAAUGUUUAAAAGAUCUCUAACCUGGUGAUUCAUCUGGGUGCGGACAUUUUUCAAUGGACACACCUUCACUUAUUACUGAUCCUCAGACAAAACGGUUUACACCUAUUUCGGAAGAUAUACGAUUUCUAAAACAAUGACAUCAAGCAGCGGGAAAGACACCUUCUUUUCAAUUUCCUGUUCCAAAGUGUAAACGGUUGCACUAGCAAAACAAUCUUAACAGAAAUGAAUACAUAUGCUGCACAAAGCGUGUUGAUGAAUAUGGUUUCCAUGGCAACAUAUUGAUGAAUAUCGUUUCCCUAACGACAUGUUGAUUAAUAUAGUUGUCCAUGGUUGGUGAAUAUGGUUUCCCUAUAUGUUAGUGAAAACGGUUUCCAUGACAACAUAUUGAUGAAUAUGUUUCCAUGACAACAUAUUGAUGAAUAUGGUUUCCCUGACGACAUGUUGAUUAAUGGUUGGUGGAUAGGUUUCCAUGACAACUUAUUGAUGAAUAUGGUUCCCAUGACAACACGUUACUGAAUAUGGUUUCCAUGACAACAGAGCUGUGUGAUAGGUUGUUUGAACACGUGGUCCGCUAACCCCCGAAAGGAUAUCUUUAUCCGUCGCUUUACAAUAUAAAUGCUUCAAGCUGAGUAAUGCACUGAAUAAGGGAAUGCAUUAAUUUGUAGGACAUUGGCUUUACAGUAAGUGUAUAUUUUUAUUGUUAUAUAUUUUGCUUAUCUAUCUGUGUGUACAUGCUUGUCAAAUCUCGAUGUAUUUAAUAUAUGUAUUGUCCUAAAUCUGUAUGUGCAAAUUGUUCAGUGAUGUUAAGCUUCUGUCAGUGUCGAAUUAUUCAGUUUCACCCAUAUAUGACCCAUCUAGUUUGCAGCUUGACCAGGCUUCAUGUUCAAUAAAAGAAUCUUGUCCCGAAAACAUAAGGAACCCGUUUCCAGAUUAAUAUGCGAUUUAAUAUACGAUAUUUAAUCUCAAUUAAAUAUUGCCAUGAAAAUCAAAACAAUAAAAAAGGAACAUGGAUUCAUCCAAAUAUAGUUUUAUCCAGUGCCUCCCAUUUUUCAAUAAUUGUGUUGUAAUAUCAAGAGAUGCACGUGCAUGAAGGACACACGCUAAAAGACUCCGAUACACAUCACAAGUAUCGAGACAUUGGAGGCCCGCGGACUUGCGACCUUAGCCAUCAGAUUACGAUGAUCACGGGUUUGAAUCCCAGAUUCGCCCUCAUGAUGAUUCUGGUUUGUCAGCAGCAUACACGUGCUUGUGGAUUCACCGAAUUUUGUAACCGUCCGAGACAUGCUUCACUUCGGGCUUUCCUUCAACUUAAAACUGAUAUAACUGAAAUACAUUUCAAAGUGACGUUAAACCAAACUCACAAACUUUAAACCAAUUCCCUCACUCACUAUCCGCACAAUACCCUGCCCUGUUUGGGAUCGGGGGAAACAUAUCUCUAUGCGUAGAUAAAGUUUAUUUAAGCAAUUGUCAGAUAAAUUAAGCUGUCAGAUUUCGACUAUGCAGAUACCGAUCCGGAAAAGAAACGUCACCUCAUGAAAGGUUCCCAUUGACAUAUCAAUGCAUUGUUUUGGAGGUAUGUCUGUAUAUAAAUUUAAUGUUAAUGGCCAUAAAUGACACAAAUAUGGUAUAAUGGGUCGCCAAAACUCAGCUUAACAAACGCCCAUAGUACAAAAUUCCGAAUGCUUUCCAUGAAAAUCAAAAUUCACUUGCGUUUCCGUGUGCCUUUUCUGAUAAACGGCACCCCAGUACGUGGCUCCAACAUUCUUGUAUCUACAGCGCUAUGCCAAGACUUAUUAAGAAUCAGAGAAACCAGGCUCAAUGAAGAUUGCAUGCUGUUGGUGACCUGGUAUCGUUGUCGUAAUCUGUAGAUGGUUCUCACGUGGACAAUAAAAGCAUUAUCAACCAUUCGUGCAGUCUGACCAGCAUGCAGUCGUCCUAAAGCCUGGUUCCUUAGAGUUUUGGAAUGGCGCUAAGAUCGGUACAAGAAUGUUGGUGCCACGUAUUGGUGUGUAUUUUAAUGAACUGACGCGUCCUUUGCGGAUCAGUAAAUUAUAUAUAUGUACCAGCAUGUUUGGAGGACUCGGGUGUCCAUUGUGAGAUGUUAGUGUGAUAUUAGCGCUACGUAACACCAGAGACCAUAUAAUAGAUCUGUUAUACGGUCUCUGAUAACAGAAUUGUAUUGGAAUAUACCAAAAUGAUAUCACUCUCAAAUCCGUUUGACGCCAAUCCUUCUGCGAGGUUUAAACAGUUUGGGCGUUCGCCUAAACAUUUCAACUAUCGAUAAAACUGAGAUAAUAUGCGCCAGUUGUUAAUGAACGCAGUUGAAGAACACUCUCUGCUUGAACGUUGUUGUACGAGCUGUUCACCGACGCCCUUAUGGUGGCGUGAUGGAAUUUUGCUGACACGAACAGGUCUUCGUAAAACUAGAUGGGUCACGUGACCUCAUGUACAUUGCACCCUGCUAACAGAACCCUGAACUAGAUCUUAUUGUUCUCACCAAUAAACACUGUGUAAAACCUCGAA